AUGGCCCCUUUUAACUACUCCGAGCUUCAGCUCGGACCGAAUUCUACACGCCUCGUCCGUCUUCUACCAUCCGAAAAAGACGAUACCCCGAUAAGAUGCGAGCUCUUCACCUAUAUACUGCCAGAGAGCACUGGUAGAAAGCAUCUCUAUGAGGCGUUGUCCUACGUAUGGGGCAGCCAAAGUGAGACACAUACAAUAACUGUGAAUGGAUGUGAGCUUCAUGUUACACGGAACCUUUACACAGCCUUGAUACACCUCCGAGACAAUCAGCUGGAGAGAAUAUUAUGGAUUGAUGCAAUAUGUAUUAAUCAAGAGGAUGAUGAUGAGAAGAGCGAGCAGAUCCCUCUCAUGCGGUCAAUUUAUGCACAAGCUGAUCGCGUUGUUGUCUGGCUUGGAGAGGCUAUGCGGGAUGGUGAUGAAGCACUCAAAACUAUUCAGCGCUGGGCAGCAGCUAGUAUCCCAUGCGAUGAUAGCUUAUUGGAUGAUAGCUUAUUGGAUCCAUGUUCAAGAUUAUUACAGCGCGAUUGGUUCCAACGUACAUGGGUACUCCAGGAGGUUGGUGUCGCCCGAUGCAUUUCCAUCCUCUGUGGCUCCGUGGAUAUAAAUGGGCAUGUUUUCUGUGAAGGUCUCGAAAAAUCCCCACUCUCUCUGCCAACCUUCAUCUACCCAGUCCUUCACCUGAUUAAGGGCUUGUUUCUCCGACCAAGAUAUGAAAUUGAUUCCCGUGGGACACUUGCUAUAGGUGAAUUGAUUGACAUGUACCGCUUUCACAAGGCAACUAAGCUACAUGACAAGGUAUACUCAUUGCUAGGCCUGUCCGUCGAAGAUCCUGAAGAGGUUGGUUUAAAACCCAACUAUCGUCUUCCAUGGAAUGAGGUCUUCAUGCAGACCAUUAUGCAUGUAUUCCCAAGUUCAUGCUCUGUGGAGACAUGGUCUGGGUCACCAGUUGCUGUGAUCAAAGAAAAGGGAUUGGUUCUAGGUUAUGUUGGCUUUGUUGAUAAGAUCCUUCUCAAGUAUGGUAGUCAACACUUUGAGGUAAAGUACAAUGACACCGCUCGUGCACUAGGUUACGAAACCAGAUGGGGCACUAGGUGGAAGCUUAACGCUUCUGCGGAAUCAGUAAAGGAAGGUAAUAUUAUCUUUCUAUUGAAAGGUGCCUCAAGUCCAAUCAUCGUUCGACUCUGCAGGGGAUAUUUCACUGUCAUUGUGAGCACAACAGUACUUCAGUCAUAUGGCAAUAUGGAAAGGUCUAAUGGAGUUUCCACCCAAUUGGGGUUCCCUGCACAAGGCUCUCUUCACGACAUUGUUAUGGUUUGGGAUAUAUCCUCAGCUGAUGGAGAAGAGAAUAAAGAACAUGACGACCAAAAGGAUCUCAUCUACGUGGUACCACAUUACCAAGAGAAAGCCUCCGAGAAGGAAAAAAGACUGCGAGAUAUAUCACUCAUCUCAGAAGGCAUUAUGAUGCAGAUACUGCAACAAACUGGGCUCACGUCCUAUGAUUGGUUUCUAUACAGUGCCGGAUUACGUCGUAAAGGGAGCCUGGCAGGCUUUGAGGACAUUAUCAAGAUAGCUGUUGAAUUUGAAGGCAAUUAUGAGAUUAGAAUUGUGGAGCAGCUCCUGGAACACUGUAGAGACAGUCUACCAGUCUCUGAGAAUGUGGUCGCGGCAGCAGCAGCAAGUGAAGGAUUCCUGGGGUUUGCAAUUAUGGGCCAGCUCCUGAAACACUGUGGAAAGAGCCUACCGGUCACUGAUGCUGUGGUCAAGGCAGCAGCAGCAAAUGAAGGAUUUUUUGGGCAUAGGAUCUUCAAGCAGCUCCUAGAACAUUGUGGAGGAAGCCUACAGGUCUCUGAAGAUGUGAUUAAGGCAGCAGAAGCAAAUAAAGAUGUUUAA